UCGUCGCGGGGAUAUCUUCGCAGUCGCAGGCAUGAGAAGAAGUGGAAAGACGGAACAGCCAAUUCUUUUUAAAGAACUUUGUUUUGAAUAAAACGAGUUUAGAGGUGGUUACUGUCUGUUUAAAAUGUCUGUAAAGAUGGCUCUCAGAGGUUCAUUCCUUCGUCUCUUCAAAAGACAGCUGGAAUCGCCUGUACAAGAAAAGAAGUAUGCCCAUUCUGUGGCGAUUAUCGGGGCUCCGUUCUCGAAAGGACAGAAGAGGAGAGGAGUCGAACACGGACCCAGGGCCGUGAGGGAUGCUGGGUUGUUCCACAGGCUGUCUUCACUGGGUUGUAAGGUGUAUGAUUUGGGAGAUCUGAAUUUCACCCACCUGGCCAACGACGACACCUACAAACGCAUCCCCUUCCCACGCACGGUGGGACUCGCCAGUAAAGUGCUGGCGGACGCGGUGAGCAGCGCAGUGGGAGCGGGGCACACCUGUAUCACACUGGGAGGGGAUCACAGUUUAGGGAUCGGCUCUGUCCAGGGCCACUCCCGGCAUUGUCCGGACCUGUGUCUGAUCUGGGUGGACGCGCACUCUGACAUCAACACCCCCCUCACCUCCCCCUCGGGGAACCUACACGGCCAGUCUGUGUCCUUUCUGCUUAAGGAGCUGCAGGACAAGGUUCCUGCCGUCCCUGGCUUUUCCUGGGUCUCGCCCCGCCUCUCCUCUUCAGAUAUCGUGUACAUCGGACUCAGAGAUGUGGAUCCUGGCGAGCACCAAAUUCUGAAGACCUGUGGAAUAAAGCACUUCUCAAUGAGAGAAAUAGACAGAGUGGGGAUUCAGAGAGUAAUGGAAAUGACCUUCGACCAUCUGCUAGAAAGAAAGCAAAAACCAAUCCAUCUCAGCUUUGACAUUGAUGCGUUUGACCCCUCUCUGGCCCCUGCUACUGGAACUCCAGUGAUGGGAGGAUUGACAUACAGAGAAGGCAUCUACAUCAGCGAAGAGAUUCACAACACAGGUCUGCUAUCUGCCAUGGAUAUGGUGGAAGUGAACCCCACACUGGGAGCCACGCGGGAGGCAGUGGAAGCGACGGCCAGCCUGGCUGUGGACGUGAUUGCUGCAUCUCUGGGUCAGACGAGAGAGGGAGCGCAUAUCUCUAUGGACAAGCUGCCAUCUGCCAGCACCACCUACGAAUCAGAUGUGGAACAGGAACUUAGACUCUGAGACUCCUCUCUUCCUCUCUGACCGUUGCCCAGCACCAUGUACAAAUUGGACAACGUCCAGAAAAUCCAACUAAAGACUUCUCUCUUUCUCUCUCGCUGCAAGCACGUGCAUUUCCCAGCUGUCCAGGGGGCACUUACUGACUGAAUACUAAAAUUGCUCUGGCAGCUUCUAAUCCACAAAAAAAGAACUUUGUAAGUGCACUGCACAUUACACAUAACGUAUUGCUAGUUUUUAAGGUCUAUAUACAGUCAAUUCUCAUUAAUACGAAUUUCAACUGACCAGCAAAAAAUAUAUAUCUUAUCAGUAGUUUGUAAUAUCAGGAAUUUAAAGCCAAAAGCAUCCCUACAGGUCUUACUGAAGUUACAGCAACACAAAUCAAAUUUAAAUUAAAAAACAAUGAAAAGUAUUCUACAUUUCAAAGUACUGUACGUUUUUGUUGAAAAUACGGUUGUAAGAACUUUAAGAGUAUACAUUGCAAAUGAAGUGCACCUGAAACCAACCUGUCCCGUUCUGAUCACAGGCAUUUUUAAACCACAAAAGCAAGGUAUAACUAUUAUAAGCCUGUGUUAUUCUAUCCCGCCCCUUUUUUUUUUUUUUUGAAUACUUGAUAAAGUGUUCAUGGGAAAGUUGAAAUCUGCAGCAACAUCUUUUUGUUUCUUGUUUGGUGGUGCAUUAUCCACCGUUUUCAACACCUUUAGUGUUUGUGGGAGCACUAUGGCAACUCGAAAUGCAUCCUAGGAUCUGUAGUUUCAAACGGCACUAAUAUGCAGUACAGGGGUACUAAUGUGGGCACGUUAAUACAUUUCCCAAUAUCCUUUCCAUUCAGCUGUUCGAACAAGGGAGUUUUUGGUUUAUUUUCUUCUGGAGGGAUCCAAAAUAAAUUUGCAAUAACAAGAAAUUCAUGUUAAAUUAAUUUGUAUUAUAAGAAGUCAUUUACAAUAACUUUUUGCCUGGAAAUUUGUCUAAUCUUGAGUUCUUUUUAACGAGAAUUCACUGUAUACCGAGUUGAUAUUUUAGAUAUAAUAAUACGUUUAGAAAAACAUUUAGGGUUAAAUUAACAAGCUCUGUACGAAUGGCUUUGAAAUGUUAGGCUUCUAAAUAAUUUUGAGUUUGUUUCUGUUUUUUAAGUUACUUUAAAUAUUUGAUUGUUUUGGUUUUAUUAUAGGUACUAAAUCAUGUGUAUGAUGCAGUGUAAUAAAUACAAGCUGUAUGGACUAAG